UUAAAAGACUGCAAUAUAUGAGAAUGUGUGCGUUAGAGAGAGAUCUCAUAUUUUUCUCUUCCUAUACUCCCACUCUUAUAUUUUUCUCCUUUUAAGCUCUUCUCUUAUAAAUUCUACCAACAAAUAGACAGAUCUAAAUAAUCAAAUCUUUCAAACUUAUGCUAUCUUCUUGGCAUCAUAAACAAAAGAUUGAAUUAUAAAUAUAUCCCAUCUAAGAAGAACAAAAAGAUGACAGAAGAAGUGAUAUCAGAUGGGUUUACUCACAACAACUCAAUUGAAGGAUCUAAUCCUCCUCCUCUCAAGAAAAAAAGAAAUCUUCCAGGAAAUCCAGAUCCUGAAGCAGAAGUGAUUGCCUUGUCACCAAAGACACUUAUGGCAACAAAUAGAUUCUUGUGUGAAAUUUGUGGAAAAGGUUUUCAAAGGGAUCAAAAUCUACAACUUCAUAGAAGAGGACAUAAUCUUCCAUGGAAACUAAAGCAAAGGACUUCAAAAGAAGUGAGAAAGAGAGUUUACGUGUGCCCGGAAAAGGCGUGUGUGCAUCAUCACCCUUCAAGGGCUUUAGGAGAUCUAACUGGGAUCAAGAAACACUACUGUAGAAAACAUGGAGAAAAGAAGUGGAAAUGUGAGAAAUGUUCAAAGAGAUAUGCUGUGCAAUCAGAUUGGAAAGCUCACUCUAAGACUUGUGGCACUAGGGAAUAUAGAUGUGAUUGUGGUACUAUUUUCUCAAGGCGAGAUAGCUUUGUGACUCAUAGGGCGUUUUGCGAUGCAUUAGCUGAGGAGACGGCUAGAGUUACUGCAGCAUCUAAUAUGCACAACCCAUUGGCCGUCGGAAACAACAUCAAUUACCAUUUCAUCGGCGCACCAUUAGCGCCAAACAUGGCGCAGCAUUUCUCUUCUCUUUUCAAGCCACUUUCCAACAACAACGAGAACUCGGAUCGAAUGAGAAGAGAUCAACUAUCGCUUUGGAAUAUGGGUGUAGCUCAAGAGCAAGACCAAAUAGGUAUCAAUAUCAAUAAUCUCCGCGAAAUCCAUCAAAUCAGUCCCCUUCUUCAUCAAACAUCACCAGCACCAACACCAACAUCAGCUUAUGACGCAAAUACCCUCCUGGCAUCACGUUCAAAUGCUCCACCAGUUAGUUAUAAUAACAACCAUAUUAACUGGGAUCAGUUAACCGGAAGCAAAAUCUCUUCAAUUAACAAUGCUGAACAAUUAUCAAACACCUCAUCUGCAAAUAUUAGCGUUCCGUCAUUGUUCAGUACUCAACACCAAAUUGCACCUUCUUCUACUGCUCCAAAUAUGUCUGCAACAGCUUUACUCCAAAAAGCAGCUCAGAUCGGAGCAACAACAACAACAACUGUAACCGAUCCAUCAAUAUUCCUCGAAAAUUUCACGAUGAAUAAUUGCAACAACAAGAACAAUAACCAGCUUCAACAAGGGGAUAAUGAUAACAAGUUUUGUGGAUUUUAUGUUAGUACUCCUACUACGAAUAACUCGAUCAGUACAAGUCUAGGAAGUGACGUAGAUCAGAGCUCGUCGGUAAAUGAUUUCUCCGCUAAUAUGCACCCUAUGCAGAUGUAUCCUCCUUCAAAACGUCGUCACAUUCAAAUUGAAGAUAGUGUGAAAGGAGGCGGAGGAGGAGGAGGACAAACUAGGGAUUUCUUGGGAGUUGGUAUACAAUCAAUCUGCCACCCUUCAUCAAUCAAUGGAUGGAUAUGAUUAAAUUGAGUAUUUUCAUUUUAUUUUAUUUUAUUUAAAUAUCAUGUCUAACCAUCAAGGUUUUACUGUCUAGUGGUAUCGAUAAGAGUCUCCUACACAACAACUGUGAGUUCGAUUCUCACUGUUCCCUUUUUUCACCAUGUAAUAAUUUUUCCUUUUUAAUGUUAAAAGCUAAGAUACAAUAAA